AUGCCGGCCCGCCCGCCCGCCUGGCUGUGGCUGGUGGCGGCGCUGGGCGCCGUGUGGCCGCCCCGGAGCUCUCCGGUGCAGGGCCGGCGGCUGAUCUGCUGGCAGGCGGUGCUGCAGUGUCAGGGGGAGCCCGAGUGCAGCUACGCUUACAACCAGUACGCCGAGGCGUGCGCCUCGGUGCUCCUGCAGCAGCAGCCGGCGGUGGGCGGCGGGGACGGGCCGGCGGCCGCCGCAGCCUCGGCCGCCUCCCGGCGGCGGUGCCCCAGCCACUGCAUCGCGGCCCUCAUCCAGCUCAACCACACCCGGCGCGGCCCGGCGCUGGAGGACUGCGACUGCGCGCAGGACGAGAACUGCCGCGCUACGAAGCGCGCCAUCGAGCCCUGCCUGCCCCGCACCAGCAGCCCCGCGACCGGCGGCGCGGGGGGCGGCGGGCCCGGCGGCGGCGCGGGGGGCGGCCCCGGCGUGAUGGGCUGCACGGAGGCGCGGCGGCGCUGUGACUGGGACAGCCGCUGCAGCCAGGCGCUCAACCGCUAUAUGGCCUACUGCGGGAAACUGUUCAACGGGCUGCGCUGCACGCCCGAGUGCCGCGCCGUCAUCGAGGACAUGCUGGCCGUGCCCAAGGCCGUGCUGCUCAACGACUGCGUCUGCGACGGGCUGGAGCGGCCAAUCUGCGAGUCGGUCAAGGAGAACAUGGCCCGCCUCUGCUUCGGCGCCGACGUGGGCAGCAACGGCGCGGGCAGCAGCGGAGGUUCGGACGGCGGCCUGGAGGAAUACUACGACGAGGACUACGAGGAGGAGCCGAGCCAGAAGGGGAGGGACGAAGCUGAGGACAAUGCGGGCCCGGAGCCCGGCUUCCCCAUGCAGGCGGAUGGUGCCGGCCGGGACUCCGGCGCGGCCUGGGCGCUGCUGGCCUCCAUCUUGCUGCCGCUUCUACCGCCGCUCUAGCCUCCCGCCCGGCCCUGGCCACGGCCCCGGCCCCGGGCAGGGCUUCCCCGCUUCCAGGCGAGCGGACAGUUAGUCCCGCCGUUAUCCGGGCGCCUCCCCUGCGUGUCUGUCCCCGUGUGCACUAUGCAAUGCGUCCCGGCCGCCUGGCGCUGCGGUCCGCGGUGAGGUGAGGGGAAGGACCUUAAAUCGGCUCCCCGCCGCCUCGGAGGGAGGGAGAGGAAGAGAGGGCACGGCCGCGUGUCUGUAGCGAUUUGACAUGAAGGUUAGAAAGAGGCGAGGUGCCCAAAUUGCUGCCAAAGCUAUUGCCCGGCAACCUGACUGUCACUCGGUACCGCUGUGCCCGGUGCUGCGCUGCAUCUGCCGCUUACUGAGCUUAGGAGAGCACCGGCUGAGCGAGGUGAGGUGGUUCGCAGCGCUGCCUCUUGCACACAAGUCUGCCCUAACGCAGCGGGCCGGCAGCCGCCUCUCCUAACCUAGGGGCACACAAAAAUGAUUCUUUUCAAAGAGAGUUGUUGGCUGUCGCAAACAAUGCAACUUGUCUUCCAAAAGAGCUCUGCACUGCCAUCUUCGAAAGACACUUUUAAACUCAGAACAUGUAUGUUCACAUAUGCUGAGAAGCUAUAUUGCCUCUUGUAUCAGGGUGCUGACCUCUGGUAAAUCUUUAUAUAGAGAUGUAUUUAAAACUGGGAUUUGUUACCAGUCGCUCUUCUUUGUUUAUACAAUUUUAUAAAUUGUAUGCUUUUGGGGAUAAUUUAUUUAAGAAAAAAAAAUAAAAGUUUUAAAUCCACAUCCUAUUUGCCAGGUAAUCACAUGCGCUAGUCAUUUCUGGAAAGGUACAGGUUUUGUUUUAAGUGUAAAGGGAUACCAGCAGCAACGAUUCACUGACGUAUUUUCUAGAACACCGAAUGUACAGUGUAUUUUAUAGAUUUGGAGUUAACAUUCUUAUUUGGAGAGACUUUAUGAACACUGUAGAAUUGUAUGUACACAUUUCUGAGCUGCCUUAAACCUAGUAUUUUUUAUAGAAGGCAUAACAAAGGCCUGUGUUUCAAAUAUGUAUGGCUUUUUGUACUUUAUAAAUGUUUAAAUUAGUAAAGAAAGAGCUUUAAAUAAUGGAUGUGGUGAAAUUGUUUUCCAGGGACACUUGAACUCUCAGCUCCUGAGAUUGGAAGGAGGGGGAGAGCAGGGGAGGGGAGGACGGGAGCCAACCGCAGAACAACAAACCAAAAACAACCAACAAGCAAAAAUCUAUGCCUGCCUGUAAUACUUUACAUAGAUGUAAAUUACUGGUAUUCUUACGUUAAUGAAUAAUUACGUGCAACAAGUAAAUACAGCUUUGAAAAUACUA